AUGCAGCCACUGCAAACUGCAUCGAUCAACUUCGAUCCCCCAGGCGGCGGCGGUGGCGGCCCAGGCGGUGGCAAUGCCUUUUUUGGUCGCAGCGACCCGAACGCCAUGAUGUUGCAGAUGGGUCUCAGCUACGGGCAGAGCAUUCUCCAAAAGCACGUCCAGCAGGGCGAGGCUGGACUGGCUUACUAUAUGCCUUUCAUCUGUGCUAUUCGCAACUACUUCGCCGUGGACAAUACGUACGUGAAACGAAAGCUGAUCAUACUCACGGUGCCCUUCUUCACCAAGUAUGUCCGCAAGCUGCCGGCCGGUGGGGAGAGCGAUUUUGGUAGCGGCGGUGGUGGUGCUGGGGAGGCGACUGGAGACCAAGUCUUUGGCAGCCCGUCCGGCACCUCAGCCUCAGCGUACUCACCUGCCUCGCUCUCUACGCUCGUGGGUCACGACGGCGGCUCUAGCACCUUUGCCGUCCCCUCGCUGCCGCUGAACGACGUCUUCGCAUCGGACUUGUACAUCCCUUUGAUGAGUGUGAUUACCUACGUCGUACUCGCCGCCUACAUCCUUGGUGCGAACUCGCCGACGAGCUCCGUCACAGCCGCGUCGCUCAUCUCCACCGCCUGGGUGAUUGGCAUUUGGUUUUUCCUCGAGGUUGUGGUGCUAAAGGCUGUGGCGUAUGCGCUCCAUGUCGUGCCGAACCCGCCGUUGCUGGUGCUACUCGCACUGUGCGGAUACAAGUACGUUCUUAUCUCCCUGGGCGUUCUCCUUUCGCAGUUUCUUCCGCCGGGUCUCCUCUACAGCAGCCUUUUUAUCCUGUAUGCAAUAAUAGCACAUAGCUUUUUCACCGUUCGAGUUGUAGGGCUGCAGUACAUGCGUGACGACAGUCGCGUGCCGCCGCGGCCUCGCGUGUUCACCUACGUGGCGGCCCUGGCGCAGGUGCCGGCUUCUGUGUGGUUGUUCGUGCGGCUUAUCUACAGCAGUUAA